AUGUUCAUGCUGAGGAAUGUGGGCAAGCUAAUAUUUGGCGAUUCAACUAAACAAGACAUCAUCCAGCUCGAUCAAGGUCAGCUCUAUAUUGUCCGACCAAACUCCGUUAAAGGCCAUAGCGAAUGCAUAUUUAAGGAUGCUGCUGCUACAAUCCGUAGAACGUCAACUAACUUUCACUAUCAACUGGUAAUCCAGCGUGCUUACGAAGAAGGAGAAGAGCAGCUUGUCGAUGACGCUGAGGAUUUCGACGACACAAAGGACGAAAAGACGUUUUUGCUUGAUGAGGGCCUGCACCUACGGUACACCAUUCGUGACGGGCAAGCGGUUUUUGCGUGGAGGGAUUUGAGUGGGGAUCCUGGUGAUUUAUACGAGUUUAUUUGCGACCCCAGUGUACAGCCUAGUUCAGCUCCCACUUUCGAACUUGUAGCUAUACAAUGUCAGUUUGAAAGAAAAUUUAGGAGAAGUCACGAAACAGCAACAGAACAGGAGUUGCAUCACUUCUCUUUUUCUGAUCCAAUCCCGUCUGCUUCUAUGGCGCCCAAUUCGCCUACAACUACAACAUCCAGUUCCAUAUUCUCCGCAACAAAACCAACUGCCGUAUCUCCUGCAAGCAAGGCUAUGCCUCCUCCGGCAAAAAAAGUUGAAACUCCUGUUCGAAAAACGAGAAGUUACAAAAAGGAGCUGUCUCCUAUUACAGCUACUGUUGCACCAGAAGCUGCAGUUGCCCCGGAGGUGGGAGAAAUUCUAUCGUCAGAAAGUGCAGAACUGCAUUUGUUCGAUUUGUCAAGCGCCACGUUCGUAUUACAGGACUCCGAGGUUAUGGCAACAGUUACUGAAGUCGGACCGUGGCAAUAUUGGCUUCAAAUCGAGGGCCAGAGUAGGUCUUGGUUGGGCCAACCAGUAAUUGCCGAUAUCAACCCCGUUUUCAAUUUCGAAUACCUCUCUUUCAUCUUUAAUCACUACGGCGCAGACGGAUCGGCAUACUCAUGGCUUUUGCGCUUCAAAGACAUGGAAACCGAGGAACGUUUCCAAGAAGGUCUCAUGCGUGCCCUCUGGGAACAAUUGAACGAGCAAAAAUGGACCAAGGCCAAAGGCCAAGACCGGGAAUAUGUCCUUGAAGCCUUCCAAGAUACAACUAUGGAGGAUGCACUAGAUAUCGAAGAGGAGGAGGAAGAGGAGCAAUUUGAGGAAGCAGAAGAAGAUGCAGGUAAUCGCAGCGAAGAAUACGACAGUGAUGAAGAGGAGGACGAUACACAUGUUAAGGGGAACUCAACCGGAGAACAGAACAGCCAGUUAGCUGUUGGAUAUAAGCACGAUAGAAGUUUCGUUGUGAGAGGGAGUAAGAUUGGUGUAUUCAAGCACACCGACAAUAACGAACUGGAGUUUGCUACAAACAUUACAAAAGUCCAGACGCCGAAAGGACGGUUGUUCGAACCCAAAAAGGUGAUGCUACAUGGAGAAGACACCAGUAUGAUCAUGCAAGAUGCGAAUAACCCACAUAGCGUUUAUAGGAUGGAUCUAGAGUAUGGGAAGGUUGUUGAUGAGUGGAAAGUGCAUGAUGAUAUUCCUAUCAACAUUUUUGCCCCGGAAAGUAAAUUCGCACAAAUGUCCAGCGAGCCAACUUUUCUUGGUCUUUCUCACAAUGCACUCUAUCGUGUUGACCCUCGUUUAUCUGGCAACAAACUUGUCGACUCGGAACUUAAGCAGUAUGUCGCCAAGAAUGAUUUCUCCGCUGCAGCAACCACAGAAAAGGGAUAUAUCGCUGUCGCCUCAACUAAAGGGGAUAUCCGUAUGUUUGACCGUCUAGGUAUUAACGCUAAAACACAUAUUCCGGCUCUUGGGGAAGCAAUCAUCGGCCUCGAUGUCUCGGCGGAUGGUCGAUGGAUUCUGGCGACGUGCAGAACGUAUCUUCUUCUUAUUGAUGCGCUCCAGCAAGAAGGAAAGAACGAGGGCAAACUUGGGUUCGAAAAGGCUUUCCCGAAGGAUUCAAAGCCACGCCCACGCAGAUUAGGACUCAACCCAGAGCACGUGGCGCAAAUGCAAGCGGAGACAAAACAACCUCUAUCUUUUACGGCAGCGAAAUUCAAUACUGGUUUGGAUGCAUCCGAAACAUCGAUUAUUACUUCAACCGGGCCAUUUAUGAUUACAUGGAGUAUUAAGAAGAUCGUUUCAGGGAAGAAAACUCAAUACACCAUCAAACGGUAUGCUGAGGAGGUCAAAGCAGAUAAUUUUAGGUUCGGAAGCGAUAAGAAUGUCAUUGUGGCUUUGCCGAACGCGGUAGAUAUGGUUAAGAAGGCAACCUUCAAAAAACCGUCAAGGGAUAGUAUUGCGAUGCCUACCAGGCAAACCAGGUCUCGACAGAAUAUUGUUGCUAGUCCCUAUUGA